UCAUUCAGCGACAAUCACAACAGAAAACUCUCCAGUUUGGAAACGCCUGCAAACGAUGCAGCAGCCAGAGUCUGUCCGUCCUCUAAUAACAGAGAGACACCAUCCGACAGGAGACACACACGAGCGGAGACCGCGUGAGACUGAGGAGGGAAACCCGUUCACCUUCAGCCCGCAGCUCAUCCACCUGCACAAGGACCACGAGCUGUUUGAGGAUGGAGACAUUACCAGACACAUGUACCUGCAAGACCUCUACAUUUCUGAGGCAGAUGACAAGCCAACACUCAGUGUGUCAGAGUUUGCCUGUCACAUCUCUGGCUGCAGUGCAGUCUUCAGCACUUUGGAGGAGUAUGAGCACCACUACAACUCUCUGCACAGACAUGUGUGCUGCUCCUGCCGUCGCUCCCUGCCGAGUGCCCGACUGUUAGACAUUCACAUUCAAGAGUGGCACGACUCUCUCUUCGCUAUCCUCGCCCAGAGGCAAGAUAUGUACCAGUGUUUGGUGGAGGGCUGUGGACAGAAGUUCAGGACUAGUAAACUCAGGAAGGACCAUCUAAUAAGACUUCACAAGUAUCCUCCAGACUUCAGAUUUGACAAAACCAAAAAGGACAGAGGAACCCGAGAGACGAAGAGACAGCAGCAGAAAGACACGGCCAUGGAGGUAGCGGACGAUGUGUGUGAGUCCGAGGGUGUGUGUGAGGUUAUGUGUGAUGUGCUGUCCAACCAACUCGAGCACGGGGAAUCCAUGGAGACGCAUGUGUCCCAAGAAGAAGCUCGCAUGGCAAAGUCUGACUCUACUGAGGAGCAUGCAGAUCUUUCUGCUGCUGCUCAUGGCGCCGGGAAUACAAGCACAGAGUCUACGAAACCACGAUACUCCUACAGGGUGCCCACAAGCGUGUGUUUCGGUCACGGCUCUGUCCGAGGCUUCAGAGGGCGGCGAGGACGGAGAAAAUGAAACAUGAGAUCUAUAACUUUAUAUGUAAUUAAAUAUAUUUACUGUUAUCUGUGUAUGUGACUUGAAAUAAAAUGUUUCUGGAAAAAAUGUGA